AUGGAAAGUAUUAAAACUCCUUUUGAAAACAAUAAAGCUCGAAAAAAAAAUCGUAAUCCAUCUACAUGGAAGCAAAACAUGCAGAAAAGUAUAAGAUACUCUUCACCGCAGUUACCACAAUUUCCUACGUGUGAUCAUAAAACGAAGGCCUAUCAAUGUUUUACCCUAACAAUGAGAGAUAUUAAAAGUUUUCAUGACGCGUUUCAUGCAGUUAAAAAUAAAAUCCGUAAGGAUGCAUUUAUUUUAAAGUUUUACACUGUUCAACUACCUAAACGUCACUGUCCAAGAAAUUCCAGACACACAGCUAAAGCAACUGCUGUAAAAUGCUUCAUAAGAAAUAACGCUUUAAAGCAAGAAGUUCCAGUGUGCCAAAACACAGGUGAAACGCCUUUAGAAAAAAGAGGAGGCGACAGAAAAACAGCAAAGUUCAAAGGAAAACAAGAUGGUGUCCAAAAAUUUAAUAAUACAUUUAAAAGUAUAGAAUCGCAUUAUAUCCGUUCCUCCUCACGUAGACAUUAUCUUACUUUUGAUUUGUCUAUAGAAAAAAUGUGUAAAAUGUAUAAUGAUCAGUAUUCUUUGGAACAAAGGGUAAAAGCGUCAUACAUUCGAAUGAUUUUUAAUACCAAGUACAACAUCAGCUUUACUAGACCCCGUACUGAUGUGUGUUCCUUAUGUAUAGAGCUCACGGAGAAGAUUAAUAAAAGAGGUACAGAUGAAGAGGAGAAAAAAAUGUCUCGGAAAAGAAAAUUCAUAAACUAA